AUGAAGUCUCGGCAGAAAGGAAAGAAGAAGUGCAGCUCGAAGGAGCGGGUGUUUGGGUGUGACUUGCAGGAGCACCUGCAGCACUCAGGCCAGGAGGUGCCCCAGGUGCUAAGGAGCUGUGCAGAGUUUGUGGAGGAGUAUGGAGUGGUGGAUGGGAUCUACCGCCUCUCAGGGGUCUCUUCCAACAUCCAGAAGCUCCGGCAGGAGUUUGAGGCUGAGCGGAAGCCAGACCUGCGGCGAGAUGUUUACCUUCAGGACAUUCACUGCGUCUCCUCCCUGUGCAAGGCCUAUUUCAGAGAGCUGCCAGACCCCCUGCUCACUUACCGGCUCUAUGACAAGUUUGCUGAGGCUGUGGCAGUGCAACUGGAACCUGAGCGCUUGGUCAAGAUCCUAGAGGUGCUUCAAGAACUCCCUGUCCCAAACUACAGGACCCUGGAGUUCCUCAUGCGGCACUUGGUGCACAUGGCCUCAUUGAGUGCCCAGACCAACAUGCACGCCCGCAACCUGGCCAUCGUGUGGGCCCCCAACCUGCUGAGGUCUAAGGACAUAGAGGCCUCAGGCUUCAAUGGGACGGCAGCCUUCAUGGAGGUGCGGGUGCAGUCCAUUGUCGUCGAGUUCAUCCUCACACAUGUGGACCAGCUCUUUGAGGGUGCGGCUCUCUCUGGUGGUGAGGUGGAAAGUGGAUGGCGAUCACUUCCAGGGGUCCGGGUGUCAGGCAGCCCCGAGGACCUUAUGCCCCGAUCCCUGCCCUACCACCUGCCUAGCAUCCUGCAGGCUGGUGAUGGACCCCCACAGAUGCGGCCUUAUCACACUAUCAUAGAGAUUGCAGAGCACAAGAGGAAGGGGUCUUUGAAGGUCAGAAAGUGGAGAUCCAUCUUCAAUCUGGGUCGCUCUGGCCAUGAGACCAAGCGUAAACUUCCACGGGGGGCUGAGGACAGGGAGGACAAAUCUGAUAAGGGGAGUCUGCGGCCAGCCAAGAGCAUGGACUCACUGAGUGCUGUGGCUGGGGUCAGUGAUGAGCCAGAGGGGCUGGUGGGACGCAGCAGUCCUCGGCCAGGCCCACUGCUGCUGGCGAGCUUGGAGAAUGAUUCUGUGGAAGCAGCAGAGGGUGAACAGGAGCCCGAGGCGGAGGCACUGGGUGGCACGAGCUCUGAGCCCGGCACACCACGACCUGGGCGGUCAGCAAUCCGUGCUGGGGGCAGCAGCCAUGCACAGCGCCGUGCCGGCGUCCACAUCUCAGAGCCCUACGAUGUCAACCUCCCACCACACAUCAGUUCUAUGCUCAACAUAUCCCCAAGCAUCAUCUCUAACGUCUCCUUGGCCGGGUUUGCCCGUGGUCUUGAGUACCCCACCCUACAGCCCCGGCCAAGCCCUGCCUCUGGCCCUGGCUCUGGCCCUGGCCUUGGCCCUGGCUCCGCAGAUGAGAAGUUGGAGGCAAGUCCAGCCCCAGGUCCCCUGGCUGACUCAGGCCCAGCGGACAUGACCCCUGCCCUGGAGGACUGCUUGUCCCAGGAGGUGCAGGAUUCCUUCUCCUUCCUAGAGGACUCAAGCAGCUCAGGGGAGGGCUCAGAGGCCGAGUGGGUGGGGGUGUUGGAUGGGGAGGUGGCCAAGGCAGGACCAGCAGGAGCAGCCUUCUCCCCUGGGGAGGACGACCCUGGGAUGGGCUACCUGGAGGAGCUCCUGGGAGUUGGGCCUCAGGUGGAGGAGUUCUCUGUGGAGCCACCCCUGGAUGACCUGUCUCUGGAUGAGGCGCAGUUUGUCCUGGCUCCCAGCUGCUGUCCCCUGGACUCUCCUGGCUCCAGGCCUGAAGCAGAGGAGGAAAGUGGGGAGGAAGUCUUCCUGAGCGCCUAUGAUGACCUAAGUCCCCUUCUGGGGCCCGAACUCCCGACCUGGGAGGGUUCAGGCAGUCUAGAGGAAAAGGGAACAGGGUCUGGAAGACAGGAGGCUCCAGGACAGGCUGAGGGAGAACAGGCAUUCUGGGAAGUCGAGGAGGACAAGGAGGCUGAGCCUGGAAGUAGAGGGGACAUCAGGGAGGAGGCUGAGGGGAGUCCAGAGAGUGAAGUGGAGGGUGGAGAGGCCAGUGAGGAAGGAGUGGAGGCUGAGGGAAGCCAAAAGGUGAUUGACAGUUUGAGCGAGAGAUGCGGGGAAGAGAGAGAGGAGACAGAGGCCAAGGGAGAGGAGUCCAAAGGGCAGCAGGAGGAUGAGAGUAUGGAGGAAGCUAAGGGUGUGGAGGAAACAGGAGGGGAGCAGGGUAAAGACCAGGGGAAGGAAAGAAAGACUGAGCGAGAAGAAGAGGCUGAGGAAGGAGAAGAAGCCCAGGGAGAAGCCAGGAGGGACCCAGAGGAUGGGGCCCAGGAAAACCAAACUGCUGAAGAGAGCUGGGAAGUUGUACACAAACGAGAGGCUGAAGGAGGCAGAGAAGAUGAGGUCAAAGGGCAGCGGGGGGAUGAGAACCAAGAGGCAAGAGAAGACCAAGGAGAUGGUGAAGAUAGCAGAAUCCCAGAAGCAGCAGCUGAAGGAGAAGCAGGGGAGGUCAGCAAGGAACGGGAGUGUGGAGACGGAGAAGCUGAGGGAGACCAGAGGGCUGGAGGUGACCAUUUAGAAGAGGGCUCCCUCCCUGAAGUGUCACCUGUAGAGUCCCUGGAGGUUGACAGUGCCAAAGAGGGCAAUGCCCAGUCCUCUGAGACAGAACAGGCAGCCCCACAGCCACGCCGGUCAGAGGAGAUGGAUCCUGAGGGGCAGCCCAGUCCCCUUGGCUCAGCUGGUGGUGUGAGCAUGCGCCUGGCUUCCACCCUGGUUCAGGUCCAACAGGUCCGCUCUGUGCCUGUGGUGCCCCCCAAACCGCAGUUUGCCAAGAUGCCCAGUGCAAUGUGUGGCAAGAUCCAUGUGGCACCAGCAAACCCAUGCCCAAGGCCUGGCCGGCUUGAUGGAACUCCUGGGGAAUGGGCCUGGGGGUCCCGAGCCUCCCGCUCCUCUUGGAGGAAUGGGGGCAGUCUUUCCUUUGAUGCUGCUGUGGCCCUGGCCCGGGACCGCCAGAGGACUGAAGCUCAGGCAGUUCGGCGGACCCAGACCUGUACUGGGGCUGGGGACUACAGCCUCAUCCCCAAAACCUCCCCCUAUAGCAUGAUCCCUGCCUAUUGUCCUCGGCCCCUUAGCUGCCUGGAGCUCCCAGCUGAAGGCACAGAAGGGUCUGGACCCCGGAGUCGGUUUAGUCUGCCCCCGAGAGAACCCCAGCUCCCUGAGCCCGUUACGUCCCCCCAGCGCCGAUCGUAUGCAUUUGAAACACAGGCUAACUCUGGGAAAGGUGAGGCACUCUGAUUAGGACCAGAGCACUGGGCAGAGGGG